GCCAUGAUUUUGUUGAAUCCAUGUCUCAUCUUGAUUGAUCAUGGUCAUUUUCAGGUAUUAUAUCUCUCCUGUUCUGAGAUUUGUCCGUUGGAUUUGUAGUGUGUUUUUGUUUGUUUGAAUGCUUUGCUUUUUUAUUCAAUUUAUUUGAUGACAAUAUAAUUGUAUUAGUUUGGGCAUUAGAGUUGCUACAGUUGCUGCAAUCUUAUCUGAUAUAGACAUGGCUGGUUCAAUCUUGUUUACUCUUGCUCUUAACCAUAAACAGGUAUCAUUCUUUCGAUAGGUCUAUGUCCAAACUAAUAAAGCAAAUUUGAACAUGUAAUUUCUACAUAUGGAUAUACACAUACUAAAUUGUAAACGUGCAAGUUUACUUUUUAUUUCUUGGUGGAAAAACUAAGGUAUAGAAUGGUAUUAAUGACACAACCUAGUAUCUCGUGGCGGUCGAUUAACUUGAGAAUUAUCCUUAACCAUUUAAUAUUAGGUGUUUCAUCUUUAUUCUUAAUUCUAUAACACUGUAGCAUUAACUGUUAUGUAUUGGAAUGACCAAAAUAUAAUGACUGUUAUGUAGAAAAUUAGUAAUGCAGUUCAGGAGUAUACAAAACUUAAUACAAACCAAAUAUCUAAAGAAAAUUCAUGUGAAAAAGAACAAACGUAAAAAAAAGAAAUCAAAAUAUGAUUUAGUUGCAAUAUAAAUAUAAUCACUAUUAUGUAUUAAUUAAAAUAAAUAUUUUGGUCCUUUUUCAUCGAGCAGUAUUAAAGAUCUAGUCAAAUUAAACUUGACUAUGUACUCACAUGUCGGCGUGGAUUACAACUUGCUCUUUAAUGCAGUUUCAAUAUCGAAAAUGUUGAUUAUCUUUUUUUUAUU